GAGCCAACCGGAAAUGCUCAGUGAUGGAAGGGGACCUGCAGCAGCUCACGUCAAAGAACAGGAACCUGACUAAAGAGAAGGAACAGAUACAGGAAAAUCACAGCUCCCUGAUCAGUGACAAUAACCAGCUGAAGAAAAACUUCAAAGCUGUGUUAGAUAAAUCACACCACCUGACUUCAUAUUGUGACACCACUGAAAUACAGAAACCAUGCCGACCGUGUCCACAGGGCUGGGAGCCGUUCAACUCCAGCUGCUACUUUAUCUCCAUGGAGCAGAAAUCAUGGAAGGACAGUCGGAUUGAAUGUCUUAAGUUGGGAGCUGACCUGGUAAUUAUGGAGAGCAAAGAGGAACAAGACUUCAUUAAGGGAAAAACAGAUAAUCACUGGAUUGGACUGAAAUAUAAUGCAGAGAAGAAUGUUUGGAUUUGGCUGGAUGGCAGAUCUCUGAGAGGUUUCCCGAAGCCGAGUCCACAUUUCCAGGAUGAAAACUGUGCUAGAAGCGGGCCUACUUCAUGGGAGGGUUGGCCCUGCGAUACAAAGGCUCGAUGGAUCUGUGAGACUAGAGCGCUGCUCCUAAAUCACCUCUGAACAGCAUUAAUGUGGAGGCCGACAAAAAGUAACCAGCCGGAUCAUGCCAUGAAAAAUCGCUUCCUUUCACAAGUAAACGUGUCAAGGUCUUUUAACAGUAUGUGUAUAUAAAAUUAAGAAUAAAAAAGAAGAUUCUUAUUGUCAGUGAGUAGGAAUUAAAAGCAGCAAUGUCCCUUGUUCUUGCCAAAAAGUGUAUUCCGUUACAUUUAUGCGAUAUACGCUUGUGUGUGGUUGUGAUCAGCAGAGAGAGGCCAAGUGUUAAUUUGGCCGUAGCUACGAGUUGCCACAAGAUGGUGCAGAAUCUUCUCCAAAACAUAAGUAAAAAUCAUAAAACCAGCCCAGUAUUUACAUUCAUUUUCAA